UGAGCCUGGGGUGAAAUAGAUAUAUAAAUUUAGGUAUUAGUCCCUCUGGUAGUGGUACGUUACCAGAGGAAUCCUUUUGUGUGAUACAUAUUAGGCUGGUGUAAAGUAUUAGAGGUUGGUGGUUAGAGGUUGGUAGUUAAAAGUUAUAGGGGGUUAGUUAGGGUUUAUUGAUUAAAUAAGUUAGUUAGCAGAUAACACAGGGGCGGUUUCUUCACUAGCACCCCCAGUAGGACAUACAAACAUAGACAUCAAACUUUUCAACAUGUAGUGAUGCAAAGAAACUUAGGUGCAAUUUCCUACAAAGGUCCAACAAACUGCAUACGUGGUAACUUGUAAGCAGUCAUAAAAAUAUAUGGAAAAUAACACCCAAUCCUUAAUAGGGGGAAACGUUAGGGAUAUAGCUUGAGAUGAAUUACUAAUGGGGGGGAUACUUCACUAGCACUGUACUGAAACUUAUGAGCAACAAAACACAAUAAUUUCCGUAAAAUCCUUUACUUCGUUUCGCAUAGAAAGAAAAUACAAAUUUAGAAAAUUAAGACUACAGUCUUCUCUACACUACAAUAGUAAUGCUAAACUCCUAAAACCCACUUAAUUUGUAAUAAGAACAGCUAAUUAUUGCAAAAUUCGUUAAUGUUGAGCCUUCAACAAAUAAACUUACCUUCAGUUCUAGUUCAACACGAACAACAACAAAGUAGUGAAUUCUAUUCAUAAACUUAUUAUAAAAUGACGUAGUUCAUAAAUAUAACAUUUGUUUUUCCAUAAAGGGGAGCGCGUAUUUUUAAGGUCCAGUUUACCUAACGUAGCUUAAAUUUUUGCAUGAUGUUUAAAGUUUUAAUUACGUUGAAAUAAAAACUACAACUUCUAAAAUUAAAACGCAAAGAAACAUUUUAUUUUAAAUUUAUCAAGAUACAGUGUGGUCUAUGCCCUAUGAAAAGAUAGCGACACCAUUUUGAAGUUAACAUAAUAAACUACUACCGUAGGCUGGUGCUAAAGAUUAAACGCUUUUUAAAGGAAUUUCUAUUUUUAAUUUAGCUUAUAAAAUGGACAUCCGGUGACGAAGUCUGCUUUAGUUUAGCAGCGAAGACGGAGCUUAAGCAAAUUGUUACUUAAGUUAAAAUUUAAUUGAAAAUGGGCAAGGUGUUAGACAAAUGCAAGCGCAUAGCGUUGCGCCCUGUCAUAGCGUUAGUAGUAAGGGUAAUAUUCGCUUUGCACUGCGUGGUAUCAGCUUGGAGAGUGGUGAUCGCUUACAACAACACAUUGUAUUGGCUCCUUGUGUUGCUACUAAUUGGACUUUGUAUUGAAACUGUUGUGACGUUGAUACUGAACGGUGGGCAGGAAUGGAAAUGGUUUUCACCUGGUAUAUUCUGCUACCUUGUGGCCGCCAUCCCUUCGCUGUGGCUUCUAGAACUACAGCUUAACAACGAACGAUUGUCAGUUCUCCUCCGCAAUAAUGGGACAGCGAUAGCGUCUUCACAAGUAUUAGGGAUCGGAGUCCAGAUCUCGUUAGAUCUUUCCGGAUGGGCGUUAGCAAUGGAGCAAUCUCUUCUCUUUAUCCUGAUCAUCGGGAGAUGGGUCCUCCCUAAGGGGAAGAUUAGUCGGAACCAAUUAUCUCAACUCCUCCUUGUCUACCUUGGGAUGGCAGCGGACAUCAUGGAAUUGUUUGAAGUCUUUAAAGAAAAAGAGGUAAUCCAAGCGCAGCACCUUAUAUAUCCGAUCCUGAUCCUUUACACGUGGAGUCUCAUGCAGUACACACUUGCUAUCACGUCAGUCAAGUCUCGAAAACCGAGAGGGGAUAUUUCUGAUGACGUAUCACAUUACGAAACCAGCGGUUGCUGCAAACGACGCUGUGGUUGCGACUCUGUGAAUGCAGAUGUGCUUGGAAUCAUGUCAACAAUAGUAAUGCAGGAUGGGCCGUUCUUAUGUUUCAGAUUAUACCUGCUUGUUGGUUUGAACGUAGUCAGUCAGAUGAUGGUUUUCUUUACUUGCAAGAACCUACUGGUGCUCCUCCUACAAAUCUAUCGUCUCAUUACUAUCUAUCUCGAUCCUGAUGAAGACGAUGAUGACGUCAUACGUGAUGACGUAGGUGUCGAUGACAUCACAUCCGACGGUUUGAGGUCGAGACCUGAUGGAGACAACAUGGCGGAAAACGGGGCUUUCCCGGACUUAAGAAAGAGACAGAAUAGAAUUUCCCCGACACCGGAUAUGAGUUCACAGAGACCGGAAACAGAUGCGGAAAUCGAACUUCCGCAUUCGGUGGAUUUUGAAAGUUCAGACGAUGAUGACGUAGCACCGACCAGGAGGGAAAAACCGUUCGACCAAAUCGAACCGAAACGACAAGAUGAUUGAAUUGUUACGUCACAAGGCGGUGUAUGAUGUAGAUAUGACGUAACAUUAAGUGACAGGCGUCAGUUCGACGUCAUAGAAGAUUAAUUGUUAGCAGAGCGAAACUGACACGAUAUGUAUUCUGGUUAACAUAGAUAUAGCGGUUAAAGUUUAAUCUUUAAGUUGACUUGCAAACAUAACGCAAAAUAAGUGAAACUAAAUAAAACGUGGGUUUAUUUUACUUUGACAAGCCGCGCGAAUUGCAUAGGAAUAAGUUGGGUUGACGUAAUAACUUCAUUUUAAAUUAUAUUGAUAUCAUUACGCUUUGCUGUCGUGGGUGCGCCUAUAUAUAUCCUCAAUACGUCCCUAUACGACAUUGGAUAUUUGUAACGUAUUCAACAUAUAUAUAAUAUGGGAUCUGUUUUUGUUUAUAUUUUGUGCUGUUUUCGUUCCUUACCAAACAUUAGUGCAAUGCUGUGUACUAUACAACCCUUUUACAGGAAACUUCGCUUUCCGAAAUCAAAAACACCAUUAGGCGUUUGUUGCUGUUAGCAAAAUAGGCACGCCCUUGAUUUUGCUUUUAAAGGAUUUCAGUAAUUGCUUGUUUUCACUUUGAUUCGUGUAGGUUGCUAAGUGAAAUUAAAUAAACAAUGUACCAACUGAAGUGAGGAUAAAUUCGAAAACCAAACGGUAUUUUCCGAAAUCAGAAAACUUAACCAAAACGCCUAAACACGGGAAAUACAUUUGACCUUGCGGGUUAGGGUGGGGCAGGUGUGCUAUAAGUAGCCAUUUAUUCCGAAGUUUCCUUUCUAUACAUAACUAUGUCGCCUAUAUACGAAACUAAACUAGGUAUAUACGGUUGACUUAAUGUGCGAUAUUGCCGGAAUUACCAAUAAAAUAACAUUCAACUUUAACCUAGUAAAAAACACAGAACACUUGUGUUAUAACGACUGUAGUUGCCCCGCCCGCCACGUGAAAAUCAAAAAUUUACAUUCACUUCAACUUUUUACUGGACCUCAGUGGUUCAAUGUUUAGAUUAUAUAAGUUUGGGGUAAGAUGGUCCAUGUUUUCAUUCUUUUUUAUCGUCCCAUUUUAUAGUAAACACAGAAUAUUUACAAAUUAUAUAACCGUGUCCACACGAUUCCAACAUAGACGACUGUUAAUUGUUAAAACACGAUUAGAAAUAUGGGAUAAUAUGUACAAACGGUGACCAUCUUACCCCACAGUAUUAUACAGUGCUUUAAUGGGUAUUUUAGCACACGAUGUGUUUAAAAACCCGCAUGGUCGCUUCUCCUAUUCUAUAAACAGAUAAUGUUUGGAAUUUUUAGUCAAUUUACGAAUUUUGGCAACGUUAUUGAGCAAAUAAACUUGGGCCAACGCCGGGUGUGGUUGUCCACGCUUCACUGCUCCUCUAUAUGACAUCACAGUCAAACGUUUAUGACGUUUCCAUGGGCGUGACAUAAGGUGCUACGCCACGCACUUAUCGGGGUGUUGAAAAAAACAUCAAAUCUUUUAGAUUUUAUUUUUAGCAACUUUUAGUCAACGCUUUGAAGUUUAGCAUUUGGUGUCUUGAAGAAACGAAGCGUUUUCUCCUAAUACUCAAUUGGAGAAAUAAUUUGACAAGUUGACUGCCCAUUUUACUCCACAUUUUUCAAAAGAUUUUACCUAAACCUGCAAAUUUGCAAAACUAAUGCCGUUUCGUUAUAGUAGGGUGGGUAAAGAUGGGACACCUUUUCAUUCUAUUUUCUCGUCCCAUUCCGUAGUAGGUGUCCCGUCUUCACCCUACCCCCUACCCUACUGUAUUAAAAAAAAUUACAAAAUAGCUCGUCUAAGAUAACUUACAAGGUGAAAUGUCAGAUACAAAAUCGUGUAUUUAAAACCUGGACACGUGUCAUUGUGCGGUAAUUGUCUACCCUAUGACGACACAAUAAACAAAAUACGAAUUCGGAGUUUUAAAAUUUUAAAACAAUUGAUAAAAAUAUCUCGAAAAAUUUCAAACAUGAAUUCCCAUGUGACGUAACAACAUAGGCGCCAAACUUUUGAAAUGCAGGGGAGACCUGCAUACCCUGCCACCCCAGGUUUGGCGCCUAUACAAUACUAUUAAAUCACUGUACAAAAUAUUCGCGGAGAAAGAUUGUUACGUCAUAGUGAGAAUACCAAAAAAUAUUAAGAAUUUUAAAUCAAAUGAGUGAUGGGUGUAAAGUGCUUCCUAACACAUAGUGGAUAUUGAUAUUAUUCUUUUUUGUAUAGAAUUUACUUAUGCUUGUGUGAUUGUGUGAAAUACAGUUUCGGAAAUUAGGCCCCAAAGCCUUUCUAUUAAUUUAUGUUUAAUAUUUUGGUUGUGUGAAAGAGUGGAGAAACACUUGGUGUCUAAAUGUUGUUUGAAACAACAAUAUAAUGUA